AUGGACCCAAACCCCAACGAGGUUAUCCGCGAGUUCCCUCACCUCUUCCGCGCUUACAAAGAUGGCCGCGUGGAGCGUCUCCUCGGCACCGAAACCACCCCUCCCGGCAUAGACCCAACCACCGCCGUUCAAUCCAAAGAUGUGACCAUCGACCCCCAAACUUCUGUCGCCUUCCGCCUCUACCUCCCUCCCACAGUCCCCUCCUCCUCCCAGAAACUCCCUCUUCUAAUCUACAUCCACGGCGGCGCCUUCUGCGUCUGCACCCCCUUCAACCCCGCCUACCACAACCACCUCAACUCCGUCGCCGCCAAAGCUAACAUAUUCGUCGCCUCCGUCCACUACCGCCUCGCCCCGGAACACCCCCUCCCCACCGCUUACGAAGACGCGUGGGAGGCCAUCCGGUGGAUCGCCUCCCACGCCACGGGCAACGGCCCGGAGCCCUGGCUGAACGCCCACGUCGAUCCGGGGAAUGUGUUCCUCGCCGGCGACAGCGCCGGCGGCAACAUCGCGCACAGCAUGGCUAUGCGAGGCAGUGCAGAAGGGUUCGGGGGAUUGAACCUCCAAGGGAUGGUGCUGCUUCACCCGUUCUUCGGGAACGAUAAAAAGGACGAGCUUGUAGAGUUUCUGUACCCUACGUACGGAGGAUUGAGCGACACUAUGAUCCACGCCCCGCUGGAUCCGAAACUGUCGGAUCUGGCGUGUCCGAGGGUGCUGAUCUUCGUGUCGGAGAAAGAUUUUCUGAGGGACAGAGGGUGCAGCUAUUACGAGGCGCUGAUGAAAAGUGGGUGGAAGGGUAAGGUGGAGAAGGUGGAGUUCCAGGGAGAGGACCAUGUGUUUCAUAUCCUGGACCCCUCUAAGCAAAACUCCGUGGAUCUCGUUAAUCAAUUUGUUGAAUUCUUGAAGCAAACCCCCUCGGGCUGA